GGCUCAAAUGGACAUCUUUAUCGUCUCGUGAACUAAACGCGCGUGGAGAAGUUCCACUUUAGAUGGAAAGUGGACGGAACCACAGCGCUGUGCGUCAGUAGACCAGCUGCGGACGGAGGAAGUCUGAGGAAUGGACGCGUGAAAAAACGGAGCCAACACGCGGGGACCGAAGCCUGUCCACCUCCAUGUCCCCGUCCUCUCCCUGCCAGGUGUCCUCGCGGGACAACGAGGGCUACAAGCCGGCGUCGGUGUCCCCUGCUCCGCCUGUCCCGCCGAGGAGAGUCCGGAGCCGGGACACGGGCUCCGGAGGGCGGACGCGGCGGGCUGUGGCACCCGAGAGGCGCGUGAAGUGCGUCCUGGUGGGGGACGGAGCCGUGGGCAAAACCAGCCUGGUGGUCAGCUACACCACUAAUGGGUACCCCACGGAGUACGUCCCCACUGCCUUUGACAACUUCUCAGCCGUGGUAUCAGUGGAUGGGCAACCAGUCAAACUACAACUCUGUGACACAGCUGGACAGGACGAGUUUGACAAGCUGCGUCCUCUGUGUUACACCAGCGCAGAUGUGUUCAUGCUGUGCUUCAGCGUCGUCAGUCCUGCCUCCUUUCAGAACGUUCCAGAAAAAUGGGUCCCGGAGAUUCGGAACCACGCCCCGUCUGCACCGCUUGUCCUCGUCGGGACGCAGUGUGACCUCCGAGAGGACGUCAAGGUCUUGAUCGAUCUGGCUAAAUAUCGAGAGCGGCCCAUAGACCCGGCGGACGCUCAGGACUGUGCGAUGGAGAUUGGGGCUGUGGCCUACGUGGAAUGCUCCUCUCUGACCCAAAAAAAUCUCAAGGAAGUGUUUGACACAGCCAUACUGGCAGGCAUACAGAACCACGGCUCCCGUAAGGACUCGAGAGGGAAACAAAAACGCAGGAAAAAGCAAAGGCAAAAACCGGACAACAUGAAGAGCUUGUCCAAGUCUUGGUGGAGAAGGUACUGCUGUGUGGCCUAAAGCAGACCUGUGACGGGUUCGGUUCCUGCUGUGAGUGGGGAUCGAAAAGUCAGACCCUUUACUUACGUACCUCUGAACUGGUUUUGGCUUAAUCUGGACUCAGUCUGCACAAAAGCUUUUUUUUGUACAAAUAAACUUAAUGACAGAUUUAGCCUUAACUGUGGAAGAAAAGUAAGAUUUUCAUAAUUAUAAAAUGUUUUUGCUCCUAUUGCAGGUGAGAUUUACUACUG